AUGCUGGGACAGAAAAGCGGAACAUUGUCGCCCAUUCCAUCAACGUCAGCCUCAACUCCGUCGAGCAUUCACAAGAUACCCCCAGAAGUACUGGCUAGUAUCUUCUCACACUGCAAGGUAGACGGCGUCGCAUCCCUCAGGGACUGCGUCCGCCUCAUGCUCGUCUGUAAAUGGUGGCGAAGCGUCUUCAUCACAUUCCCAUACCUGUGGACGAGGGUCGAUGUCAAUUGCAACACACCAGCUCCCACUGUGGACCUGAUGCUCAGCAGAGCAGGUACCCUACCCCUGAUGCUAGUCUACGAGGGCGAGACCGACAGCAACUUCCUGAGCAUGUGCUCACGAAUAUUGCGGGAGCUUCCUCGUCUCCGGGAUCUGCAGCUGACGCUACGAGCUCAGUCGUCGCGAGGGAUCGAGCUUCAAAAUCAUCUCUCUCUUUCCCCGUCUCCCUUGCUGCAAUCUCUAUCUUUACGCAUCCUAUCGAAAGAUACGAACAUGUCUCGCUUCCAUCUGCCUUGUGUGUUUUUCGAAGGCGCUCCCGCCUUACGCAAGCUAUCGCUGCGAGGCUGUAAUAUUCCCUCCAACACUAGCCUCCUAUCGCAUCUCACCCAUCUCACUCUCGACGAGUUCUCCAACGCUGAUACCCCCACAACUCUCGAGUUCAUCGGUUUCUUGAAGCAUACUCUAGUACUCGAAGUGCUAGAGCUUCACAAUGCUCUCUCCCGCUCAGGAGGAUUGCCUUCCUCGUGGGAUCAAUACCCUGUCGUAUCUCUCCCGAACCUCAAGAAGCUCUCUACGUACCACAGCUUUGAUCUGUUCGCGGAUCUCGUCUCGAGGCUAGAUUUUCCCGCAGACACCUGCGUGACGACGCGGACAGGUAUUACCGAUUUCCUCGACGUUUCUUUCUCCACAGGUCUAUCGAAUACGUUUCCGCUCGUACCUUCUCGUAUCUUCUGUCCUACCCAAUCUCAGACCCCUGCUUACAGUUUGACGAUAUCCCUUCAUCCCACGGCACUCGGCCUAAUGCUCUUGUAUCAAGGAUACGCAUCGUACGAUGAAGCCAUCUUAGAACGGGGAAGCUGGCCAUGGCCUUGUCGGUUUCACGGCAAUUUCGGCUAUUUCUCCGAUGACGAUGACGAUGGCGAUGACCUGUGCAAGUUCAUCGUCCCGCUCUGCAUCGCACUACCUCUCCACCACAUCCAAAGCAUCCGUCUCGACAUCAAGGCAGUGUUCUCGGGGGUAGUUCCGUGGAACGAGCUUUUUGCUCAUACGCCAGAGCUGCGCGUUCUCGCGACUCAACUUCCUGACGACCACCUCCGUCAGCUGUUCGGCGACUUGGCGUCGAAGUUGCCCUCAACGGGCAUGGUUUUGCCGCACCUCGAGGAACUUCAUGUCCUAGGUUUCAAGGGGCGCGGGUGUUUCGAUGGUUUCGUCCCGCACCUACAGGUUACCGGCCUCGUCGACGCACUCGGAGUACGCGCGAGGAGUGGGUUCCCCCUCGAAAGGAUCAUGCUGGGGGCUGACUGUGUGGCAUCCGACUCAUACGUCGAGGAGCUUCGCGAGGUUGUACAAAAGGUACAUUGGUGUUGA